CGCGACUUUGGCCUCAGUUCAAUUCAAUUCAUUAUCUUUUUUUCCAAGUUCUUGUUUCAAUUUCACCAUAUAUUCAAAUGACAACUGCAUUGAACAAAUUCGAGCCGCCGCUGGACUACGUUCUCCAGUCAGGCCCGUCGGCCGCCCAGUUCAGCCGCGAGGCGAUCGAAACCAAGGAGCUGUGGCUGCUGCGCAUCCCAGACAACGUCUCGGCAGAAGACCUCGACGGUCUGACCAUCAAAAACCCCUCGGCAGCGCCCAAGGGCAUAGUCCUUGAUGAGGCCAAGAUCUCUGGCACGUCGUACCAAAUCGUCACACAAAAGGCCACCAAUGUAUGCGCCGAAUUCAAGGGCAUGACUGAGCUCAACCUUCUGGUACCUGACACCGACGAGGAUAAUGGCGAUGAGGAAGCGGGGCUUUUAACACUUCUUCCUGGCAGGUGCGUGCAGAUGAUGGCGUUGGUUGAGAAAAUCGAUAUUCCGGAUUCGGUCCAGCACGCUAAGAGUAUUGCGACAAAGGUGAAGGCUGCGCGUGAGCAGCCUGAGAAUAUGCAGCUGAGAUUUAUCCCUACGGUUUCUAUUCUGCUGAUGAGUACCGGGGCAAGUUUGGCACGGCGCAGAACCAGAUCCAGGUUGAUUCUGAGAAGGAGGAGGAGGAGCUGACGUUGCCGCCCAAGAAGAAGCACAAGCACAAGCAGGACGCGUUGGAUGUUGAGAUGAACGAGACCAAGCUGGAGAUGACAGCGGCGGCCCCCAAGAAGUCAAAGACAAAGACA